AUGAAGCUCUCGUGUGCUUUAGUGUUGACCCUAACGAACUUUGUGAUCGCUACCCCAUUUAGUUUCAGUGCGAAAGGUAGCGGUGCGUCAGCGAAAGCUGGUGCGGUGACUGCUCCAUUCGGAACAUUUGGAGUAGUGCAACCUGUUGCAUCAAAUGCCGGUUAUACGGGCAGUUUCUCCAAAUCUUCAUCAUUAAGCUCUGCGUCAGGUGGCACUGCUUUGAGCCCAGGUUCAUUUAGUUAUAACAGUGCUCAAGAUAAUCGGGCUCCUUGGCCUGGAUAUGGUACAAGUUUUACCACUCAAGCUCAAGCUGUUGGCCAAAAUGUAUUAACGUUCCCGCAAGUAAAUAAGAAUUCUAUCACGAGUUUUAGUGAUACCAGUGUUGUUGCUACAACUGGAGCUAAUGGCCAAACUGAAAUAACGGGUUCUUAUCCAUCUGAAAACUCUAAUGAUCUAAAUGUAAAUAACAGUGGCGCUUCAAGGCUUCAAUACCAACGUCCAUCCGAAACACAAGAAAAAAUUCCUAGCUCAACUUUAAGUUCGCUAACAAGUGAAACACACGAAAGCUCAAAACCUAACACUCCAGAUUUUCCAUCAAUUUUAAAAGUACCUGGACAAUCAGACAAUUUUAAAGAAACGUCGAAGGUGCAAAACGUAUCUAGCCAAAUUGUUACAAGUGGCUCUGCCUAUCUCACAUCUUUUCCUAAUGCCGCUGUUGGAAAUAUAGUCCCACAGACUACAGUGGCAUCUAGUGAAAAUUAUCAGAUUGGUGAGCAGAAACCGAAUUAUAAUGGUGGCUUUGGAGGACCUCCAGGAAUACUGAAGCCUUUUGAUAAAGGUUCUAAUUUCAAAAAUAGUGAUUCGGUUAAUGCCUUCCUAACUCAUAAACCUAAUGUGCAAUUAAGUUCACCUGUUACGACGAAACCACAAGGCUUUAACAAUUCUCCUGAAAACACUAUAAAACUAUCAUAUGUUUAUACAAAUAAAGGGUCAACAGACACAAUAAAACCCACUGAUCAACCACUCAGCAGCGGAUCUUCGAACUUUAACGCUGGUACUUCAUAUAAACCUGAAAGAAAUCCCACUCAAACCUCCCAAAUUAAACCUACACUUGCAAACAACGUUGGAAAACCAUCAAGUGUAUUAAAACCAAAUGAAGAUCAACUUUACACCUUGCAACAUUUCGAUGAAAUUACUCAAACGAGUGAUGGAACAUUGACACAAUCAUUUGAAGACUCAUCUAAACCUCAAUUUUCCUCGCAGAUUCCUUCAAAGUUCAAUAAACCUACCAUUGAUACAUUCAGUCAAUCAAAACUAAUUAAUGGAGUUCAAGUCUCUGUCCAGGCGUAUCCUAGCAAUGACCCUAAUUCUUCCUCUGACUACAACGUUAAUUAUGAGAAUACUAAUGUCGGUAAUGAAUCUUCUGAAAAAUUAUUAAACAAACCAACCAAACAGUCCUUAUACGCCAGUGGUUUUGGAGCACCAACAGCGGUAGUGGAGCCUGUAAAAUCUGAAGUGAACAAUACAUCAAAACCGUACCUUGGAUUUACAGUCACAAGUCAAAAGGAAACUACAAACACAGGAGGUUCAUCAAAUAUUUUAUCAGCAUCACAACAGCCAUCUGUCGUUAGUACUAAUUAUUAUACGACCCCUACUCCCUACAUUUCAAGUAUUUCUACAACAGAUAAGAGUGAUUAUGUUACUACUACUGUGCAAUCAGAAACAAACCAACCUUCCAACAAUUCUUCUCAAAGCAGUUCAUUCAACCUUACAUAUCAAAAAAAUCCAUCAUUAUUUAAUGUAGCCUCCUCGGGAGUACAAAGCUCUACACUUAGCUCAAAUUCUUAUCCCGUCAAACCUCAAUCUCAAUACCCAGAAAAGCAGGUAUCUGAGUUGGGAUCGCAGAAAAAACCUUUCUUCUCAAAUUCUUUUGGGACAUUUGUUACGCCAAAACCCACUAGUUAUUCAGGUAGUACAGCAUAUACUUCUUUCUCUUCUCUUGGAUACGGACAUAGUGGUGUAUCUGGGUCAUUAGAUAAAUCGAAACCUACUAGUCAAUUUACAUUUACGAAUCAAUACAAACCGUCAUUCACAAACAGUUUUGGGGGACAAUCUGGAGUACUUAAACCUUCCAACCAACUUACUCAAACCAGUAGCACAUUUAUUUCUUCCAACCAACCCACAAAUUACAAACCCGUUGUUACACCUUCACCUUUAAAUACAGCUAAAGCAAAUGAAGAAAUUUCGGUUACCAAUGAGAAAAAUUCUUCAAUAGUAAACGAUUACGAAACAGUUUCUAGUUUGUCACAACAAUCAAGUGAUACGGCAUCAACACAGCCAUCUAUCGUUAGUACUAACUAUUACACGUCCCCUGCCCCCUCUAUUUCAUCAGAAUCACCAAUCUUUGGGAGUAACGUUGAACAACAUAAGUAUGCUUCUGGUUCUGCUAUUUCAAAUACUUCUGAAACAGAUAAGAAGAAUAAUGUUACUGCUACAGUGCAAACAGAAACAAACCAACCUUCCAAAAAACCUUCUCAAAGCAGUUCAUUCAACCUUACAUAUCAAAAAAAUCCAUCGUUGUUUAAUGUAGCCCCCUCAGGAGUACAAAGCUCUAUAUAUAGCUCAAAUUCUUAUCCCAUCAAACCUCAAUCGCAAUUCCCAGAACAACAGGUAUUUGAGUUUGGAUCGCAGAAAAAACCUUCAUUUUCAAAUUCUUUUGGAACAUUUGUUACCCCAAAACCUACCAGCUAUCCAAGUAGUACAGCAUAUACUUCUUUUUCUUCUCCUGGAUACGGAAAUAGUGGUGUAUCUGGGUCGUUAGAUAAAUCGAAACCUACAAGUCAAUUUACAUCUACGAUUCGGUACAAACCCUCAUUUACAAACAGCUUUGGGGGACAAUCUGAAGUACUUAAACCCUCCAACCAACUUACUCAAACCAGUAGCACAUUUGUUUCUUCUAACCAACCCACAAAUUACAAACCCUUUGUUACACCUUCACCUUUAAAUACAGCUAAACCAAAUAAGGAAAUUUCGGUUACCGAUCAGAAAAAUUCUUCAAUAGUAAACGAUUACGAAACAGUUUCUAGUUUGUCACAACAAUCAAGUGAUACGGCAUCAAAACAGCCAUCUAUCAUUAGUACUAAUUAUUACACGUCCCCUGCCCCCUCUAUUUCAUCAGAAUUACCAAGCUCUGAUAGUAACGUUGAAGAACAUAAGGAUGCUUUAGGUUCUGCUAUUUCAAAUACUUCUGAAACAGAUAAGAAGAAUAAUGUUACUGCUACAGUGCAAACAGAAACAAACCAACCUUCCAACAAACCUUCUCAAAGCAGUUCAUUCAACCUUACAUAUCAAAAAAAUCCAUCGUUGUUUAAUGUAGCCCCUUCAGGAGUACAAAGCUCUAUAUAUAGCUCAAAUUCUUAUCCCAUCAAACCGCAAUCGCAAUUCCCAGAACAGCAGGUAUUUGAGUUUGGAUCGCAGAAAAAACCUUUAUUUUCAAAUUCUUUUGGAACAUUUGUUACGCCAAAACCUACUAGCUAUACAGGUAGUACAGCAUAUACUUCUUUCUCUUCUCUUGGAUACGGAAAUAGUGGUGUAUUUGAGUCGUUAGAUAAAUCGAAACCUACAAGUCAAUUUACAUCUACGAUUCGGUACAAACCCUCAUUCACAAACAGCUUUGGGGGACAAUCUGAAGUACUUAAACCCUCCAACCAACUUACUCAAACCAGUAGCACAUUUGUUUCUUCUAACCAACCCACAAAUUACAAACCCUUUGUUUCACCUUCACCUUUAAAUACAGCUAAACCAAAUGAGGAAAUUUCCGUUGCAGGUCAGAAAAAUUAUUCAACAGGAAAUGUAAACGGAACAGGUCCUAGUUUGUCACAACAAUCAAGUUAUACAGCAUCACAACAGCCAUCUGUCGUUAGUACUAAUUAUGAUACAACCCCUGCUCCGUUUAUUUCAAGUACUUCUAAAACAGAUAAGAAUGAUUAUGUUACUACUGCAGUGCAAUCAGAAACAAACCAACCUAUCAAUAAACCUUCUCAAAACAGUUCAUUUAACCUUACAUAUAAAAAAAAUCCAUCAUUAUUUAAUGUAGCCUCCUCAGGAGUACAAAGCUCUUCACUAAGUUUAAAUUCUUAUCCCAUCAAACCUCAAUCGCAAUUCCUAGAACAGCAGGUAUCUGAAUUGGGAUCGCAGAAAAAACCUUUCUUCUCAAAUUCUUUUGGGACAUUUGUUACGCCAAAACCCACUAGUUAUCCAGGUAGUACAGCAUAUACUUCUUUCUCUUCUCUUGGAUACGGAAAUAGUGGUGUAUCUGGGUCAUUAGAUAAAUCGAAACCUACAAGUCAAUUUACAUCUACGAAUCAGUACAAACCCUCAUUCACAAACAAUUUUGGAGGACAAUCUGGAGUACUUAAGCCUUCCAACCAACCUACUCAAACCAGUAGCGCAUUUAUUUCUUCCAAUAAACCCACAAAUUACAAACCAUUUGUUACACCAUCACCUUUAAAUACAGCUAAACCAAAUGAGGAAAUUUUAGUUACAGAUCAGAAAAAUUCUUCAAUAGUGAAAGAUUUCGGAACAGGUUCUAGUUUGCCACAACAAUCAAGUAGCAAUAAAAAUUCUUCUACUUCUUUCGUUAUAUUAGAACCAACUCAUUUUGUAAAUACUUCUGGUCAAAGUAUUGCUAGCACGACUGCUGGUCUUAUUGUGUCAAUUGGUUCAGAGUCCAAAUUUUCUGAAAACUCGGAACCUACCACAUCAAAAACGCCGUCACUUUCAGAAGGGUAUGAUGUUUCAACAAAAGAAUUGGAUUCUGGUAAAACUUCAGACAAUAUUCAAUCUCAAUUUCUAACUAAGCCUUCCGUUGAGACCGCCCCUCAAGAAAAACCUUUGUACACAAGUAAUUCUUAUUCAGGGGUAACUGAUGUUUCUUCGUCGACUGCUAAUUUUGCGCAAAGUACUAGUUUUGUAAAUGAAUCAAAGGAAAAACUUAAGCAAACAAGUUCAUCCAUAAGUCAGAAUAAACCUCAAUUCAGCGGUGGAUUUAAAGAACAAAAAGGAGUAUUUCAUUCGAAAGAACCAUAUCCUAUUGGCGCCGUUUUUGUUUCUUCAAAUACACCUCUGACUUCUAUACCUUUUGUAUCUCCUGCACCAUUAAAUACAUCACAACAAACUAUUACAAGCCAAAAAGAAUCUGAAUUAAAUAAUUAUAAUUUGGAAUCAGUCACUGGCUUUUUAGAACCCACUAAACCACCAUCUUACAAUGGUUAUCAGGUAAAUAGCAGUGGAGUUACACCAAAACCAUCUGAUUCUGGUAGCUUUCCUAGUAAAACUUAUACUGGAACUACCUCGUCAUCAACGGCUUUUACUCAGCAAUUUCCUUACAAACCAUUGUCUGGAAGCUCUUUAGAUACUAGUUCUGUUUCUACAUAUUCUGAUAAACAAAAAGUCGAAGAAAAGGAAAAAACAGGCGUAUACAAUACACAAAAAAAUAAUUCUGUUUCGUUAGGAGAGCAAAAGCCUACAAGCCAGACUUUUUCCAGUAAUUCAUAUUUCCCAACGACUGGAUCAGCUUUUAUCUCUGGUUCAUCUCAAAAUAAGCCACAAAACCAAUAUCCAGCAAAACCAAUUUUUCAACAUACUACUCAGACACAACCGUGGUAUUUAAACACUUACCAAUCAUUUGGAGCAGUCAAACCAUUUAGUUACUCUUAUCCAGGUUUUUCCUCAUCUAAUUUUGGACACAGUUCUAGCAUAGUAACUGGAGCAUUCGACAAAACGAAUAAGAACUCUCAAUUCUCGUCAACGUGGCAGUACAAACCGUCAUACAACUGGGGGAAACAAAAACCUUCUAACCAACCUACUCCUUACUCACCUACCACUUUUAAGCCAUUCACAUCGUUUGAUAGAUCAAAACUAAGUAGCACCUCAUCAGUUACAAGUCAAAAACAGCCUUCGUUAGCAGGAGGUUUUGGAUCAUCCUUUAGUAUUUCGAAACCAACAAACCAACAAUUUAUAGAUGAAUCUGCUUAUCUAACUGGUAACGCUAAAGUCUCUUCAACAUCUCCCUUGACACAAACACCAAAUGAUUUUAAUUAUGUCAGUCAAACUUCAAAUAAACCUUUCUCUGUAAGCCCUUUAACAGGUGGAUACUCGUAUUCACCAAAUGUUAGCCCAGUAGUUGUUUCUACAACAUCUAAAUACGAAAUACAGAAACCAACUAGCCAAACAUUUUCUAAUGCAGCGACUUCAAGUUUGAUUUUAGAAGAGCAAACUUCUGAGCUGAGCACACAAAAACCAAUCGUUGAACUGGUUCCGUCUUCAGAAGGGUUUGAAAAAGACUAUGGGAAUUCGAAACCCACUACCCAGUCCUUCAAUUACUUUAAUCGACCAAUCGAUUUUAGGACUCCAAGUAUUGAAAAUAAAGUAAUAACAAAUUCAUCAGACACUUCCGAAAGUAUGACUACUGGUGCUACUGGUUCAACGGCUUCAGAAGUCCCCAAAACAUCCAACUUAGACUAUGGUGCUCAAGAAAAUAAUGAUUCAAAAUAUUUAGAUGCUUCUGAUAAAGCGAUACUUACCUCACAACGCGAACAAUCUUCUUAUAAACCAACUUACUCAACCAGCGUCGUAUCUGGAUUUUCUAACGAACAAAAAGUAAGUCCCGCAGUUGUUUCUGCAACUGAGACAAACCAUGUCUAUCCCGAUUCUACUGAAUCAGCAAUUUAUGUCCCAUCAAAGUCGCCGGGUCAACAAUUUUCAGGAAACUCCGCUUUAUUUAAUAUACAACAGGAUGCCUUCCAUUUAUCGAAACCCAACAUACAAAAUUCAGUAAUAGGUCAACCAAGUAGUACUACUGUUCAACUGCCAUAUGCAGGUGGUUUUGGAGGUCCAGCGGGUAUUUUAAAACCAAAUGAAUUCAGUGCUCCCAUAAACCACAUAAACAUCCCAUCUCAAUAUAAUCCAAGCCAUUAUAACCAAGCCUUGACAACUCCCCACCGUGAACCUAAUUCAGCUUCAUAUUCUGGGGGAUUUGGUGGGUCGUCAGGUGUACUGAAACCUGUUCAAAAUGAAAAAUACACUAGCUCUGGUCAUGUCGUUAAUGACAACAAGUACUUUUCAAUUGCACAUAACAGUAGGCUUCAAGGUACCUUAACUGAAAAUGCUGGUCAUUCAAACUAUAAUUUAGUACCUAAUAAAUCUUCUACCGAAGCGCAGUCCAACUUCGAAGAACGAAACUUAGGAUCUAAAGCUACAGAAGAAGCACAAAGAGGAGUUGUAAAUCAAGCAAGUGUCGCUGCUGCUGAUGCUACAGGCGAAUUUAUUAACCACAGUCACAAUGUCCAAAAUUUGGGAAUUCCUUUAAACAAUGGUGCUAGCAGUGGCUUCGGAUUAGAAUUCCCAAAAAACAAUAAAUCUUUCAAUGAUCCGAUUAGUGGAUUAAAAAUAUCCGGAUUGACACCGAGUACUCAGGGCUCCACUGAAACUGGUAUUAGUUCUAAAGCUUUUGGAAAAAGUUUAGCACCUGGUUCAGCUACCGGGCAGGAUUCUUCUGGAUUUACUGCUAAAAGUGGUAUGUUGCUUUAA